CCCUCAACAAAACUCCAUUUGUCCAAAACACUAGUUUUAGCAGAGACAACUGAUUUUUAGUAUAAAAGAAAUCAUAAUUAAAGGAAUUAAGUGGUUUUAAUUUCUUUUUCUUUGCUAAAAACGGCAUUGGGGAAAUUGUUAAGAAAAAUUUGUAAUUGUACAAAAAGAAGCUUGUAAAGCUUAAUUGCCUUGGAUAAAAAAUAUAUUUUUAUCCUAAUCCUUAAUUUUGUCGACAGGGAAUCUUAUAUUUGACUUAAGGUCCAAAAUCGAAGAUGGCUCAUCAUCACAGAUCGAAUGUUAAGCCUAAAAAGCCGUUUAAGUCUAAACAUGCUUCAAAGUCAUCGUUAAAAGAGCGUUACAGUAAUAACGUUGAGCCAAAAAGGACUGGUCCUAAAAGUAUUCAACAUACCUCUACUAAAGCAGAUCGACGAAAUACUGCUAAGCAAAUACAGUUGAACAAAAGAAAUGAGGCUGCUAUGAAUAAUCGGAUUUUUGGCGGCAAAAAUGGUGCUCCAAAGGUAAUUACUAUCGUUCCUCUUUGCGCGAACGUUGAUCCGUGGAGUAUCCUUAGAAACUUGUUAGUGUCGGUGGAUCCUGAGGCUGAUCUUCCCCUGUUUGAAGAAAAUUCCUAUCAGUAUAACACGACAAUCACUCGGUUCAAACAAAAGUUACAAUUUUUGAUGCCUGGAAAGAACUUUUAUAGUCUUGUUGAUGCUUGCAAGGCGUCAGACUAUGUAAUAUUUGGUCUUUCUGCUACUCAGGAAGUCGAUGAAUUUGGGGAAUUAGUCGUCAGAACGGCUCAGUGCCAAGGAAUAUCUAGUGUCAUAUCGGUAGUCAACGAUAUGUCAGUUAUUGACAACAUAAAAAUUCGCGGAGAAGUUAAGAAAUCUUUGCAAAGCUUCAUGAACUUCUUCUUCUCUGAUCAGGAUCGAGUUUUUGCUUCUGACGUUUCACAGGAUGCUCUUAACGUUAUGCGUGCUCUGUGCACUUCUCAUCCCCGUGGUAUCUUUUGGCGUGAUUCUCGGGCCUAUCUUUUGGCUCAGUCCAUUGAUUAUAAGGAAGGAAAGCUUGCUGUUAAAGGUAUAGUACGUGGUAAAGGAUUAGAUCCAGACUCCUUGAUCCAUAUUCAAGGUUUCGGUGAUUUUCAAGUUAAUUGCAUAUAUGAUGCUUCUGAUUUAAAGACAAAACCUUCUGAUACCAUGGAAGAAGACAAAAACGUGAAUGAGGCUGGUUUAGUUGAACUUGCUGCUCCAACUGAAAAUCAGGAACAAUUAGAGACCCUUGCUCCAAAUGACGUUAGUAUGGAGAUGGAAAUGGAAUCUGAACCUCCACGAGGUGUUCGUCUUGAUGACUUUUACUAUUUGGAUAACGAGGAAGAGCCUAUACCGGUCACUAAACGCGUUCCUAAGGGCACUUCCAGCUAUCAGGCCGUUUGGAUCCCUGGUGUGGAUGAAGAAGAAGAACAAUAUAGUGAUGUUGAAGACACAGAAUUACUUGUCGAAAAUGAGGGCGGUCCUGAAGAGGAACAGCCGGCUAGCGAACAGGAUGAAAGCGAAGUUGAGGAUGAUGCUAAGUCUGAAAUGUUUGUUGAAUUAAAUGAAGACGAAGAAACUCGGCAGUAUGAAGAUUAUCGUCGAAGGAUGAAAGAACAACAAGAAGAUCUUGAAUUCCCUGACGAACUCGAAUUAGACCCUAAAGAAUUAGCAAGAGAACGCUUGAAAAAAUACCGCGGACUCCGUAGUUUCUAUACUAGCCCUUGGGAUGCUGAGGAGUAUGACCCAAGUGAGCCUCCAGAAUGGCGACAAUUGUACAAGCUUGAAAAUUAUCGCAACCUAAAGAACAAGCUUUACAAACAGCCAUUCAUCGGUGAAGCUAAACCUGGAAUGUCAGUUGUUGUAGAGCUCCGAGACGUGCCUGUUUCUGUUUACAAUUAUUAUAGUCAGCCUAACAAUAUGCUUGUGCUAUAUUCGUUAAUGGCCUAUGAGAAUAGAACGACUGUUUCCCACUUUACAGUCAUGAAGCAUUCAGAAUAUGAAGAUCCUAUAGCUUCUAAAGAAGAAUUAAUUAUGCAAGUUGGACCUCGUCGCUUGUACGUGAAUCCACUGUAUUCCGAUGCUCCAGCUUCUGGUGCCGCAAAUAACCUUCAAAAAUAUUACAAAUAUUUGCAAGCUAAGCAACCUGCAUUAGGUACUAUUAUCGGUCCUAUAGUUUUCGGGGGUCUGCCUGUAACACUUUUUAAACCUAUGCCUGAUGGUUCAUUACGCCUAGCUGCUACUGGUUCUUUCCUUAAGAGUGAUACUUCUUCUGUGAUAGUUAAGCGUGCUGUUCUAACUGGCCAUCCAUUCAAAAUCCACAAAAAACUUAUCACUGUUCGUUACAUGUUUUUCAACCCUGAAGAUGUUAUGUGGUUCAAGCCUAUUCAACUGUUUACUAAACAAGGCCGUACAGGGUUUAUCAAGGAGCCAUUGGGUACCCAUGGAUACUUUAAGGCUACAUUCAAUGGCAAGCUUACCGUUCAAGAUACGAUUGCUAUGUCUUUGUACAAGCGGAUGUAUCCUAUACGAUCUCGUUUGCUCACUCUUAACGAGGAUAGUCUUCAGUAAAUUUAAUUUUGGUUCCCUUGUUAUCCACUCAGUGUGCUUAUAGCAUAUAAAUGGAAAGCAAGGAUAAAAGCACUCAAUUUUUUUGGUUUAAAUUUGGUUAGGGUUAGACAAUAGAUUAAAUUAAUGCUAUAUGGAUA